UUUGCCCUGAAGGUGGUCCAGUGGUCAGAAUCGGAGACGGUACGACUUCAGCUCUGGGAUAUUGCAGGGCAGGAACGCUUCACGUCCAUGACCCGGCUGUACUACAGGGAGGCGUCAGCCUGCAUUAUCAUGUUUGAUGUCACCAACAUCAGCACGUUCAGCAACAGCCAGAAGUGGAAGCAGGAUUUGGACAGCAAGCUGCUGCUGCCGGACGGGAGCCCCGUGCCUUGCCUGCUGCUGGCUAACAAAUGCGACCUUUCCCCAUGGGCAGUGACGAGAGAUGAAGUAAAAAGCUUUUCUGGUUGGGUGGAGACGUCUGUCAAGGAAAACAAGAACAUUAAUGAGUCCAUGAGAGUCCUGAUUGAAAAGAUGAUGUCCUCAUCCACCGGGGAUGGAAGUUCCUCUGCUGCCGGGAGCGGGGAUUACAUUAACAUAAAAGAGACAUCCCCGCCAGGCUGGGCUUGCUGUUAG